AUGGGUCAUUUUUAUAAAUCUUUGCUGUGCCACACACUUCAGGCAGAUGAAACGCUCUGUGUUUCGCUAGCAGCUUUUGUGCUUUCCCAUCCAAAAUGGAAUAUAUUGGGGAUCUUCAACUGCAUCUGGUGGAGAGGGGCAAAUUUAUGCUUUAUUGAGCCACUUCUCAACACAAAUUUACCUGAUGUCCCCUUGCAGGUCGCCCACCCUGGCAAGACCAGCCUGGAUUACUACAGGAAUGACAGCGUGGUGCUGUCCCUGUAUGGAAACCUGGUGAACGACACAGACUUCACGUGCGACAAGAGGCAGGUCAGGCAGUUCGCUCAAGCCUUCCUGCCGGUGUUCUUCUGGGUCAUCUUCUCUGUGGGCACGGUGGGAAAUGCCUUGGUCGUGCUCGUCUAUUGCAAAUACCGCUUCAGGAGGAGCAUGAUGGAUCUGUACCUGCUGCACCUGGCCAUUGCGGACCUGCUCCUCCUCUUCACCCUCCCCUUCUGGGCCAAGGCUGCCUCCAACGGCUGGAUCUUCAAGAACUUCAUGUGCAAAGUUGUCAACAGUAUGUAUAAGAUAAACUUCUACAGCUGCAGCUUGUUUCUAACCUGCAUCAGCUUUGACAGGUACAUCACUAUUGUCCAGGCGACGAAAGCUAAAACUUCUAAGCGAAGGUGGCUCCUGCGCAGCAAGCUCAUGUGCUUGGCUGUCUGGCUGAUGUCCGUGAGCCUGUGCAUCCCAGAAAUCAUGUACAGCCAAAGCAUGUGGGUAGGUAACAUGACAGUAUGCAAAAUUACGUACCCGCCAAAUGUCAGCAUGAUCUUCAGAGUUACUGUCCUGGCCUUGAAAGUCACAAUCGGAUUCUUCCUCCCGCUCCUUGUCAUGGUUAUCUGUUACGCCCUUAUCAUCAACACCCUCCUGCAAGCCAAAAGAUCCCAAAAGCAGAAGUCACUGAAGAUCAUCACCAUGAUCAUCACCGCUUUCCUCCUCUCUCAGUUCCCGUACAAUAUUGUUUUGCUGGUCAAAGCCAUCAACACCUAUGCCAGGGUGGCGUACAGCUGUCAGGCUGCUGACCGGCUGGACAUCGGGCUGCAGGUCACCCAGAGCAUCGCUUUCCUCCACAGCUGCCUCAACCCCUUCCUCUACGUCUUUGCUGGGGAGCGCAGGGGCCAAGAGCAGUGCUCCUCCGCCUGCGACAGCCAGGAGCACAGCUCAAACUGGUCCUUUGCCAUGCUGGGCAGGCGGCGGGUGAGAAACUCCCUGACCCUCAGCACCCACUUGGCCUCCUCCAUUAUGUCCCCACCUUGCCAAGUCCUCUUAGACGCCGAGUUGUCUGUCCUGGAGAUAUUUGCCAUACGGUGCAAAGCCAUAGCAAACCAGAACGCAAAAACCAAACGCAUGGUUCAACAGACCACUGGUUAUGCGCUGGUAUCUUUGCUAAUGGCAAACCCGCCUAACCCGUGCCCGCUCCUGCCUGAAACAGAGACGUGCUUUAUAGGAGCGCCUCUCCCAGAGAGCAGAAAAGCGAUGGAAAAGUGUGAGAGAAUGGGCAUUAGCGCCGCAAGCGUCUCUGAAGUGACGGUAGAUAAAGUAGCCGCGGUGUAG